GGCAAUUUUCAGCACACACAAAAAAGUCGCAGACCGUCAACCAUCGCGAGUCUUCCCCGGCAAAGAUGUCUUCUUUCGAGUCUGUGGUCGUCAUCGACGGCAAGGGCCACCUCCUCGGUCGCCUCGCCAGCAUCGUCGCCAAGCAGCUCCUCAACGGUCAGAAGAUCGUUGUGGUCCGCUGCGAGGCCCUCAACAUCUCUGGCGAGUUCUUCCGCGCCAAGCUCAAGUACCACUCGUACCUGCGCAAGAUGACCCGGUACAACCCCACUCGCGGUGGUCCCUUCCACUUCCGCGCUCCUUCCCGCAUCUUCUACAAGGCUGUCCGCGGCAUGAUUCCCCACAAGACUGCCCGUGGCGCCGCUGCCCUUGAGCGCCUCAAGGUCUUCGAGGGUGUCCCUCCCCCCUAUGACAAGAAGAAGAAGAUGGUCGUUCCCCAGGCUCUCCGUGUCCUGAGACUCCAGCCCGGUCGCAAGUUCUGCACCGUUGGCCGUCUCAGCUCCGAGGUCGGCUGGAAGUACGAGGAUGUUGUUGCCAGACUCGAGGAGCGCCGCAAGGCCAAGGGCGCCGCCUACUACGAGCGCAAGAAGCUCGCCGCCCGCCAGCUUUCCGAGGCCAAGAAGAGCGCCAAGGUCAACGACAAGACCGCCGAGGCUCUCAAGGAGCUCGGCUACUAGAGAUAGUAGCUGUUGCUUCAUCGACUUUUCAUCCUUUGUGCGUUUUCACUCUAGAUUGGCGCGGUUCAGGGCAUCAUCAACAUCUGCGAGGAAAUGUGGAGGAGUCAGUGGCUUUCCGACUCGCUGUUUGUCCCAGGUAUGGGACCUCAUACGAAUAAAUGAUGAGAUCACACAACCAAUGGAGAGAUCAUGCAUGGGAUGAAUGGAAGAAACAAGACAAAUACCCCCGGGCGUUCAGCAUGCAGUUCAGGACCUUUGUGUGGUGCGUGCCAGGCGUGUUCUCAUGACAGAAAGGGACCCUUGCGUCUCGUAGAUGACGACCAUGCUGUCCAGCGGCACCCCGUCCACAAGCCCGAACAUGCUGAAGCAAGCCAAUGAAUGACUACUGCGUACUUAAGCCAAAUAAUGCUAAAGUCUUCGAACGAACCCUUUGAUAUCAUAGCGUUGUGCUACAGUAUCACAUUUAUUUCCAAGCAUGGAUAACGCCUCGAGCCGACGACUUUAUCACAACCUCAGGCUAAUUAUCUAGUGAAGCAUCAC